AUGUCGACCACAACCUUCACUAUCGAGGGCCGCGGCCUCAAGCUCCAGACUGCCGACGACGUCAAGGAGUUUAUCGAGACCAUCUUGGGCAUGGAUGCUUUGGAGAACGUUAUCCUCAGCGGAAACACAUUUGGUGUCGAGGCCUGCCGCGCGCUUGCUGCUGCUUUGGCCAAGAAGCCUCUUCUUAAGGUCGCCAACUUCUCUGACAUCUUCACUGGACGCCUCAAAUCCGAGAUUCCCGACUGCUUGGUCGCUUUUGGAGACGCUUUGAAGGACAAGGAGCACCUCGUCGAACUCAACCUCAGUGACAACGCCUUUGGAGCUGCCGGUGUCAUUCCCCUGGUCGAGUUUUUAACCACCAACAGGAACUUGCAGGUCUUGAAGCUCAACAACAACGGAUUGGGCAUCACAGGAGGCAAGGUCUUGGCCGAGGCCUUGAUGACUGCCCACGAGAAGAACGUUGCCGAAGGUAAAAAGUCGUCGCUCAGGGUCGUCAUUGCCGGUCGUAACCGCCUCGAGAACGGAUCGGCCCCUGAUUUGGCCAAGGCCUUUGCUGCCCACGGCACUUUGACCCACGUCGCCAUGCCCCAGAACGGAAUCCGCAUGGAGGGCAUUGAGGCUUUGGCUGCUGGAUUGACCAACUGCCCUGGACUCGAGAUUCUGGACCUUCAGGACAACACUUUUACUGCUCGUGGAUGCCGCGCCUUUGCUACUGCCCUCCCCACCUGGCCUGAGCUGAAGCGCCUCAACUUUGGCGAGUGCUUGUUAUCCAACAAGGGCACCAUCUUGCUCUCGCAUGCUCUUGCUCUCGGCAAAAACCCCAAGAUUGAGUCGCUCGAUUUCACCUACGGCGAAAUGAAGGAGGACGGUGUCUUGGAGCUUGCUGCUGCUAUCUCGGAGCACCUCCCCAACCUGACUUCAUUGGAGUUGAACGGAAACCAAGUUGAGGAGGAUAGUGCCGCCAUUGACGCCAUUCGCGAUGCUUUGGCCAAACACGACCACGGCGAUGCUCUUGGAGAGUUGGACGAUAUGGAGGACGUCGAGUCUGAGGAUGAGUCUGGAUCAGGAUCCGAUUCAAGCUCUGACUCUGACAAGGAGGACGAUGAUGAGUUGGCCGAUCUUGCCUCCAAGUUGAAGGUGUAA